AUGAUCUUAUUCUUCCGUUGUAAACUCCCUCCUCUUAAACCAUUCUUCCGCUCCUAUGCCUCUCAAUCAGGAUCAGGCCCUCCUCGCGACAAAUUGCGUGCCAUUCCAUUUACACAACACGUCAAGGCUGCUGAUAACAUCUUUGAAGACUACCAUGGCAAAGGCUUUUUCUCUGCACGUGUGAAGACGACGGGUCCUCCAGAGGAGAUCUUUUUGCCAUUUUGGAUCGUUGCUGCUCGUGUUCGCGUGGAGAUCGUCCAGGCACAAGUGGGUCAUCGAGUGUUACGCAAUCGAUACAACCCAGCAACAAAACGAAAUGAAGUGGGAUAUGAUACGCAUUGGUCUUGGGUCAACGAACGAUACCGUUGGUCACAUGAAUAUUCACCGUUGGAGCACGUUGGCAUGCAUAUCUAUGGAUCACACAAGUAUAGACGAGGAUUGGUGAAUGCCAUUCGAAGUUGUCAAAGUUUGCAAGAAGCUACCCAAUUCACGCCGCAGCUAAUGGAUCGGCCUGCUUAUUCUGAUCUGGCAGCAGCUUAUCGAAACAUCAAUCGCAAAGUGGAUCCAUUUUAUUUGUAUCCAACGACAGCUUUACGCUUUGCUCGAUCCUACAUUCAAGAUUCAGAGGAAGCCUAUGCAGAUGAUUUUUUGAGACGCAAGUACAGCGCUGAUGAUACUCGCCUUGUACAAGUCCAGAUCCACGUUGACGACAUUCAUUGUGCUCCUGUGUAUUAUCCUGCCUAUGUCUAUACGGUGCAUUAUCUUGGAAGGAAUUUGCGUACAUUUGUGAAUGGCCAUGACUUGAGAGUGGGCGGCAUUCGAGUCUAUGAUCACAAUCGCGUGGCUAUUGCAUCCGUAGUUGGCAUGGCAACCUUAAUGACAAUGACAGGUGGUGUCGGUAUUGGAGGAAUGAGCGGCUCAUUUUGGAUCGGCAUCAUCCUUCCCACGGUUAUUGCAUCGUUGGUGUCAGUGUAUUCCCCUAUCAUCUCUCUGAGGUAUCGCGAUUGGAAAAGGCAGCAAGAGAUACGAGCACAAGAACACGACCCUCAUAUUUGGGACUCGGAUUGGGUGAAGGCAUUUAAUGCAUUUGAGGAUCAAUAUCGCUAUCGAACAUGGAAGCAGGAUCAUGAGAGUCAAUCGGGAAGGCGAACGUGGAGCGAUACAUCAUCUCUCGACAAAGAUCCCAAAGGAUACUAUAGGGCUCUUGGUAUCUCGCCAACAGCUAAUACGGCAGAUAUCCAAUCUGCUUUUCGAGGCCUUGCAAUGAAACAUCAUCCUGAUCGCUACUCCGAUCCCAACGACAAGAAAAAGGCUACCGAUAGAUUCAAAGCCAUCUCAGCUGCGUACAGCGUUCUUCGAGAUCCUAAAAAACGAAAGGCUUAUGAUCAAUCGGGUAGAUAG